AUGUCGUCAAGUAACAACAUAGUUGAGGGCGACUGGCAGUCUCGACUGGGAAUUCUGACGCACGCUCCUCAGCAUUCAGCCAUAUCUCCAUUCAGGUUUGACGUAAUUAGGGGCGAGUAUCCUCCUCAGCUAGAAAAUCCAACGAAGCUUGUCAAACUCGUAGCGAAGGACGGAGAUCUCGAAGAAGAUUUCAUCGUUCACAAAUACUUUGCCUGUCACUACUCCCCGGUCCUACGAGCUGCAUUCAACAGCGACUUUCUCGAAGGACAAACGCAGACCUACACGAUUAUCGAUGCCACCCCACACGCCGUGAAGAUCUUGGUUGAAUGGCUAUACACACAGUUGAUCAACACAGCUCCUAUCGAGGAUGAUGCUGUCCAUGUACAACAGCGCCAUUUACUGGUUCAGCUGUGGGUACUGGGGGACAGAUUUCUGAUUCCAAAGCUCCAGAAUCUGGCAAUACACGCUCUCAAUCGGCUUAUCAUGGCAAUAGGUCUCAGGCCAGGGCUAUCUGUCGAGUACACGUGGGCUCAUGCACCCGUUGGAAGUCCACUGCGUCUCUUCUUCCUGCACGCGCAUGCAGUGAUAGGUGAGUUCGAUUGGUACCAGCAAAACUUGGAUUCGGUCCCUAAGGAGUUUUUGGCCGAGUUGCUGGAGAUUAUCGGGGACAAUCAGGGCUGUCUGGAAGAGCUACUUCCAAAUCAUCAUAUGACUCGUUAUGAAGUUCGAGAGAUUAUUGAACAAUGA